AAUAAACAGAAAAUAUUUUAUAGGAACUUGUAUUACAAGAAUUUAUUGCUUCAUACAUUUUAUUUUAACAAAAUAGUUGUUGAAAAUGAGUAUAAAAGAUUCUCCUAGUAAAAAAAUUGGAUUUUUGCUAACUGAAGUUGCCAUGGGUUUAUUAGAUCAUAAGUAUUUUGAUUUAGAUGGAAGGCCAGUUAAUGAUUUACAAUGUUUAGUUAAAUAUAAUCGAAAUGAAGAAGAUUAUUCUAAAGACGAUAAAGAUCUCCUUAGUUUGCUGAAAAUAACUAAAAGUAGCUUAGCUGAAAAUGUGUCUUGUAACAUAGCAGAUACGAUAGAUCUUGAUGAUGCCGAAGAUAGUGUUGAUAAUAACAGUGAUAAACUAAAAAGUAAAGAUGGGUUACCAAAUGAAGUUGAAAAAAUUCAAACACCUGAAGAAAGCACCGCCAGCAACACAAAUGUUAAAAAUACUUUAAGUGAAAAAAGUAAAAAUGUACCUUUAGAAAAUUCCGAACUGGUUACCAACAAAUAUGAAGAGAAAUUGACUGAUACAGAUUCUGAAAUAGGAGAAUCUGUAGCACCACCAAAUCUUAAUGUUUCAUUAAUAAAGUCUGACUUAAGACCCGAUAGGGUAAAAUACUUAAUAGACCUGACACAAUCAGAAUUUUUGAAAACAGAAAAAGCAGCUAAAAUAAGAAGACGAAAAUUUUUAAGAAGGCAACGUUUGGGAAAAACUGACAAAACUUUAUUAGAUUUCUACAAAGAAGAAAAAAAAUUAUUUGAAAUGGAAAGCGAAGCUCUUAUUAGUUUCAUAAAAGUGGUUAAGAAAACAGAAUUUCCUCCAGACAAUUCGAAAUUAAUAAAACUGGUUACCAAAAUUUCUGGUGAUAUUAUGGAAGCUAAAAAAGCUAUUGAAUGGAAAACAAUGUUGUAAAUUUCAAGUCUUCCAAAUAAUUAUUUAAUUCAUUAAAGCAGUUAACACUUUGUGUAUGAAAAUAUUUUGUAUUAAACCAGAUUCAUUUUUUUAAUGAAGAGCCAACCACUUAACG